AUGGGUGCCUCAGGUCCAUCUGCGCCUCAAGAAGCCGCACCGGCAUACGAGGAACUCUUCGAGCAACGUCCCUCGAACCGGGCGACUGGAUACUCUCAAAUUCCCGCUACGGAUAACGUAGACGAAGACAUCGAGCACCAUAGUCACGGACAUCAUCAUCACGGUACAACCACAACGGACUCUACACUCCUACGGCAGAGGGAUGCAGAAUUGCAUUUCCAUUGCGAGACUUGUGAUCUUCGACAGGAGCGGAGGGAGAAGAGACUGAGUCAUGAGAAGGUGUGCAAGAUUGUGGCAGGAACGUUUGUGAUUAUUAUCUUUUGUUUGUGCGCUUUUGGGUUUGGAUUGGCUGGUUUUAUUUCUCGCGGGAAAGGUGAAAGUCAUAAGAGAGAUAUUCAGGAUAUUCGAGUCUGGAGUGACUGA